CUGAGAACAAUUCACUUCAACUCUCACGACUACUCUAUUGUCACACAAAAUCUCAAUGGUCCUUGUCCAUUGAUUUCUGUGGUCAACGUUUUAGUACUUAGAGGUCUGCUUCUCACCUUCUUCCUCCUUCCAUACAAGAAAUCGCUUUUAAGGCUCGGUGACGCUUCCACGAGCAAGCUAUGUAACAAGGGAUGCGCUAACACAUUUGAGAGCAACUACGACAAAAAUCUCGAGGAUGUGAUAAAUCUCCUUCCGGACCUCGGCCGUGGCCUAGAUGUUAAUAUCAGAUUUCGAAAUGUUACCGACUUUGAAUUCACUCCGGCCUUAUCUCUAUUCGACCUGCUACGUGUAAAUUUAUAUCACGGUUGGCUUCCAGAUCCACAAUUUGUUGAGAUCACGAUUGGAGGUUUGACUUACAAUCAAGUUGUCGAGCAAAUCUGUGACGACGACAAUGUCAAUCGCUUCUUACUUCAAGAGUUUUUAAAUGAAAACGUCUCCCAGUUGACUUAUCAUGGACUUGUCAGCCUCUCACAGGCAAUGCAUGAUGGAGAGCUAGCCGUGUUAUUUCGGAAUAAUCAUUUUAACACAAUCUAUAAGAGAAAGGACUUACUCUACCUUCUUGUGUCGGACAGUGGUUACGUAAACGAGCCAACUAUUGUAUGGGAGUCUUUUAACAGUGUGGAUGGGAAUUCAAUUUUCUUUGCCAGUGAUUUUUCUUUUGGCUCUCCAUCCAUCGUUAACCCUCCCGAACAAGGAGUAUGUGAUACUGAUUCCGAGUAA